AUGGAAAUUCUUACUGAUCACACCAAAAAACAAAAGACAGUUGCAUUUGUCGCUGAAGAACAUGAUGAUACCGCUAACCCAGACGAAUCAGAUAUCUCAGAAGAAUUCACAAAACAAAAAAUUUCAAAAGGAGCAAGCUCAAACAUGUCGAAAACCGAUACAAAAACUAGCAUGUCAAACUCAAAAUCUGCUGCCUCACGUCCAGCCCGCUCCAGGGAAAAAUCAAACAACAAAGGAAUAAAAUGUUACGAGUGUGAGGGCUUUGGUCAUGUUCAAGUUGAAUGUCCAACUUAUCUUAGGCGAAAGAAGUCCAUGACAGCCACAACUUGGAGUGAUGACGAACCUGAAUCAGAAGCUGCUGGCUCUGGCGCAGAAGAAAUGUUCGUGUCUAGUGAAGUUAGAGUAUUGCAAAAUGCUGUAAACGUGUUCAAAGGUCAAGUAGCAGAUAGGGACGCAUUAAUUAAAGAAUACACUGACCGAGAAGACAACCUGAAACAGGAAGUCAAGGAACUGAAGCUGGAACUGAGUACUUACAAAAAGAAAAUCCAAAUGACGGAUACCACUUCAACUCUUGAUGAAAUUCUUGGUUCUGGACGGCAAUCAUGUGCAAGGUUUGGUAUUGGCUUUACUGGAGGAACCAACAAAGACAAAACUACUUUUGUCAAGACAUCUGAUCCACGUCCAGAAGAUACUCCUGAGUCAAGCACAGCUAAACAAUAUCGUGAAUCAGCGCCGGCCACUAGCUCAGCAUGGCGAACACGAGGUUACGAGGACACAUCAGACCUGAGUGUUAUUACUUCUACAAAGAACAAAGGGCCGAAAAACAUAGCCAUAAGUAGGGAUGAAAAAUGGUACUUCGACAGCGGUUGCUCACGUCAUAUGACUGGAAAUGCAAAAUUUCUAAGUGACAUAAACACAAGCAACGGUGAAGUAACUUUUGGUGAUGGAGUCAAAGGACAAGUAACCGGAGUAGGUACUCUAAAUGUUGCAGGUCUACCGAAGUUGAAAAAGGUGCUACUGGUAAACGGACUCCAUGCCAACCUCAUAAGCAUUAGCCAACUUUGCGAUCAAAACUGGAAUGUUAGCUUCACCAAUGACAACUGCAGUGUUAUGGAUAAUGAAAAACAGUGUGUUAUUGAAGGUUCAUGUGGCAAAAGAUUUCGUAAAAAGCAAAAAGGAACUAUUAUAGAGCUAUUCCCUCUAUUUCAUCAUCAAGCAAAAGUUAUCUGUGGAUAUUAUUGGAUAUCGGAUUAUCUUUUUGGUUGA